UACAAAAUGCUUCUUCCAUAGCAUGCGUUGCUUGUCGUUUACACUCCUAUAUAAUAUUACUCUUAAUUUGACUAUUGCACAAAUUUGCCCAUACAAAAGAAGAAGUAGUGAACAUAUACCACUCCUAUAUAAGCUCGAUCUGUGUUUAUCUUCUUAUCACCACACAAACCAUUGGCACUCUCUUCCUUUCCUGAAACUAAAUAUUCAAAAAUGGCACCCUGCAUCGACACUUCAAGAACCGGCACCGGAAAAUCCCUUCUUUGUCAAGACGAUGAUUCUCGCUUCCAUUACAUAAACCUCUUCCCACCCGGUAACUUCCCUGGUCGAAUAUCACGAUCGAGAACCCUCCAAACAAGCUCCCUGGUUCCAGAUUUUGAUCGAGUCGAUGUCUGGAUUAAGAUGCUCGAAGAAGCUAAAUCCGACGUCGAGCAAGAACCCAUUUUAUCAAGCUACUAUUACUCUUCCAUAACAUCGCAUCGGUCGUUAGCUUCCGCUCUGGCGAACAUUCUCUCCGUAAAGCUAAGCACUUUAACCUUACCAAGCAACACCCUCUUCGAACUGUUCAUCAGCGUCUUACAAGAAAGCCCGGAGAUCAUGGAAUCGACGAAGCAAGACCUAUUAGCAGCAAAGGAGAGAGACCCAGCAUGCUUAAGCUACGUCCACUGCUUCCUAAGCUUCAAAGGCUUUCUCGCUUGCCAAGCUCAUCGUAUCGCUCACAAGCUCUGGACCCAAGACAGAAAGAUCCUCGCUUUACUCAUCCAGAACAGAGUAUCCGAAGCUUUCGCCGUCGAUAUCCAUCCCGGAGCGAAGAUCGGGAAAGGGGUUCUGUUAGACCACGCGACGGCGGUGGUGAUCGGAGAGACGGCGGUGGUUGGAGACAACGUUUCGAUUCUACACGGGGUGACGCUGGGAGGAACAGGGAAGCAGUGCGGCGAUAGGCAUCCGAAGAUCGGUGACGGAGUCUUGAUCGGAGCAGGGACUUGUGUAUUGGGGAAUAUAACAAUCGGCGAGGGAGCUAAGGUUGGAUCGGGGUCGGUGGUGCUAAAAGACGUGCCGCCGCAUACGACGGCGGUUGGAAACCCGGCGAGGUUGAUGGGUGGGAAAGAGAAUCCGAAAAUGCUUGAUAAGAUACCCGGUUUGAGCAUGGACCAGACACAGUACUUAACCGAGUGGUCUGAUUAUGUCAUCUAAAACAGAAGAGUAAUUAUUGUUGUCUUCUUCAUAUGUAAAUCAAAGUAAAAAAAGAUUUGCAAACAAAAUUAAACCAA